AUGACUAGCAGGAACGGCAUAACAGAGGAGUAUCACACUGACUCCAGUUCGGACUUUACAGAGUAUUGGAUUGAUUUAUUUUUAGGUAUCAAAGGUCAUGAGUACUUUUGUGACAUCGAUGAAGACUAUAUUCGUGACAAGUUUAACUUGACGGGUUUAAAUCAAGAAGUUAGUAAAUUAAGUGUUUUGAUAGAUAUAUUGACUGAUAUUAUUGAUAUAGAACUGCAACCUGAAGAUCAAAGAGAUGCUUUAGAACAUAAUGCAAGAGUCUUGUAUGGUUUGAUACAUGCAAGGUAUAUUUUAACAUCAAGAGGAUUGAACAAGAUGUUCGAAAAGUAUAGAAAUGGAGAUUUUGGCUAUUGUCCAAGAGUACAUUGCCAAUUGCAUCCUUUAUUACCUAUUGGCCUUAAUGACCAACCAAGGUUAGCAUCCGUCAAAUUAUAUUGUGCAAAGUGUGAAGAUUUGUAUAAUCCAAAAUCCGGUAGACAUGCUAUAAUUGAUGGUGCAUACUUUGGUACUUCAUUUCCAGCUAUGUUUUUUCAAAAUUUUCCUCAGGCCAUUCCAGUCCAUGAUAGAAAAAUUUACACACCAAGGGUCUUCGGUUUCAAGUUACAUGAUUACUCCCAACUUAGCAGGUGGAGGGAGCUCCAGAGAAAUAAACUAGAAAAAUCCUUGGUUCAGAAAGGAAUUGACAUUUACAACAAGCCUGGGGGUUUCGUCAUCGAUGAAAAAGAGGAAAUAAAAAAUUAA